AUUGAAUCAUCGACUUUUAGGGCUUGAUCGCCAUCUUGUGUGAUCUUGGUUCGUGCUGCUGCAGACGGUGAUCAUGUUGUCAAGAUCUAGGAUAGCUCUAUCUGCUAGCUACGCGCUGCUCAACGCUAGCAAGAGAAGUGUGGGCAAAAUCGUUCAACCAAGUAUUGUUAUCCUUAACAAUCGCUGCAUCUCUCAAAGUCCCCGCUUGGCUAAAGAGAAUGCUGUACAGACUACGUCAAAUAGGACACUGAAAGAACUGAUUGAAGAGAAAACUGGAACAUCAGGUCCUUAUGUUUUGGGUGGUGGUAUAUUAGCUUAUUUGUUAUCAAAAGAAAUGUUGGUUCUACAUACUGAGACUUUGAUUGCUCUCUCCAUUUUUGGUGUGAGUUACGGUAUCAUUAGGAAAGUUGGUAAGCCGACCGCUGAAUUUCUCGAUCAACAAGGAGAUGAGAUCCUUGAUACCCUAAAUGAAGGGCGAAAUAUGCAAAUGGAGAGAUUACAAGAGGCUAUCGAAGCUGAAAAGGGUAUAGAACGUAUGUUUGAUUCACGAAAUGAAAUAUUUGAAGUUAUGAAGGAAAAUAAUGCCAUGAAAUUGGAAUUAGAAUAUCGUAAAAGACAACAACAUGUUUACGAGGAAGUUAAGAAACGACUUGAUUAUCAAGUAGAAGUCGAACAAACAAAGCGAAGGCAGGAAAAAGAGCACAUCGUUGGUUGGUUGGAACAGGAAGUUGUUAAGAGUAUCUCCGCUCAACAGGAGAAAGAUUUCCUAAGUCAGUGUUUUGUUGAUUUGAAGGCUAUUUCUAGUAGCAAUAGGUUAUAAUCUUGCUGAGGAUAUUUUAUGUUGCAACUAAUUUACACUGUAUGAUGUGUAAUUUCAAAAGCGCUGUUAUGCUAUAAAAUUGUAAAGCCAAUAAAAUGUUUAACUU